AAGGUCUCCCCCUGCUGGGUUCGUUUCCCGGCACACCAUGGAGGAGCCGGCGGUGCUGGUGUUAAAGCGGGCGGUGGAGCUGGACUCGGCGUCUCGGUUCCAGGAGUCGUUGGUUUGCUACCAGGAAGGGAUUGAUCUCCUCCUGCGGGUGCUUAAAGCUACAAAGGAUGAAACCAAAAAGGCUCAUUACCGAGAAAAAAUAUCGAGUUACAUGAGCAGAGCUGAAGAUAUCAAGAAGUUUCUUGAGAAAGAAAAAGAAGAUGGAAAAUACCACAAGCAAAUUAAGAUUGAAGAAAAUGCAAAAGGUUUUAGCUAUGAAAAGCUGUUCCAGGACUAUCUUAAUAAAACCGUUACAGAGGUUUGGGUUGAGGACCCUUAUAUUAGGCAAGUUCAUCAGUUGUACAACUUCUUAAGAUUCUGUGAAAUGCUGGUUAAAGGACCAUGUAAAGUGAAGACUAUUCACCUCCUUACAUCUUACGAUGAAGGCAAUGGAAAGAGUCAGCAGAUGGCUGUUCUACAAGAGAUAGAGCAGUCCCUGAAGAAUUAUGGAGUAACAUUGGAUGUGUCAUAUUCUUCUUCGAUACAUGAUCGAGAGAUUAGAUUCAACAAUGGAUGGAUGAUUAAGAUUGGAAGGGGCCUUGAUUAUUUUAAGAAACCACAGGGUCGUUUUUGCCUUGGGUACUGUGAUCUUGAUUUGAGACCAUGUCAUGAAACUACUGUGGAUGUCUUUCAUAUGAAGCAUACAAAGAAAACAUGAUUUUAUAUUCUUAAUCCAAUUUUUUUUACUGUUUUUGUUUUCAGAUAUGAGCUAUUUUAUUCCACUGCGCCUAGUGUUGAGUUUUCUAAAAUGUUUCUAGUAACUAUACAUAUUCAAGAGAAUGUCUAAUGAAAGUGUGUAUUUGCCAGAUGUGUGUGGCAUGUUCUCUAUGAACUCCAUCUGGAACUUUUGAGCUCAUUUGAAGUAAAAAAACCCCACUAUUCCAGUUUGCUUGCUUGUGGUAGAGCACCAUGUUUUCUUACUUCAUGGACAGUAAAUGGGAAAAUGUUUAAAGUAUAACAUGAUACAUGCAGAGAAAAUGUGUGUUUAGCUUGAAGAACUUUUUCCUCCCACUUUGUCCAGCUCACCAGUUAAGAUCUACCUCACCAGCCCUGUUCUUUGUGCCUUCAGGUGUGAAGUGGGUAGCAGCCAGAGACCACCUUUUUCAAAAAUGGCACCUCACCUCAUGCCUACAUUGCUUUCUUUUGUGUCUGUUCACCUAGCCUAGAAACUGUUAUGUUACUUCCAGUGUGUGUGUUUUUAUGAUCUAUGUUUUUAUGGUGGGAUAGGUUUUAAUGCAGGAUUUUAAUUAAUAUAAUUUUGUAAGCUGCUGUGGGCACUCCUGGAAGAGGUGGCAUAAAAUAAGAUUCUUUAAAGUUUCCACCAUAGCUAUUUGCACUGUUGAAGAGGUAAGCUACAUUUGAACUAAAAAGGGCUCAUCUCUUCAUCAUGGUGGCAGCUUAAAAAGAAAUCCUUCUGAUAGCAGUUGCAUUAUAAUAGACAGACUUCAGGAAAGUGCAAUUCAAAUUUGGUGGUUCCUGGACUCCAAUUCUGGAUCUACUGAGCUAAGGCAAUAAGUGUUAGAACUUGCAAAGUUUGAAAAACCAGGGAACCCUUCAGUGCAAUACUAAGUAAGAGCAGCUGAAGAAAUAGAAUGGCAGUUUACUAAAGAAAGCUGAAAAUGGGAGGUACGUCUGCUAAAUGAAGCAGAAACUUCUGCUAAAACAGCCUGUCAAGUAUUAACCCUUGGAAGAAACUACAAGAUUAUGGCACCUAUACUACAUGGUGGUUUUUAGCCUCCAAGUAGGCAACCUACAGUGAUGGCCUACGGUCUAAAGGAGUAUUCCACAGAGGUAGUUUCUGCUCAAUUGAGACCUGGAGACAUAUGCCUGAGCUUCAAGCUAGCAAACAAACAGGUGGAGAUGCAAAAGCUUUACUUUAAAUGCUAUUAUAUCAUGUGUUAAACCUGCUACUCAAGGUCCCACUUUUAUAUCCACCUUAAAGCACCCUCUUGGUGGAACUAUUAGGACAUACUAAUUGAGUACUGAUCUGUUCUGCUGGUAUAAUCAUCGGGUGCAAGAAACUGUCUGCCAAUAAAAGGCUCUUUGCUGGUAAAGGAGGCUCCUGCAGCUGCAGAAUGCUCAUUGCACUAGUGCCAGUUGAAUGGACUAGUAGAAUCUAAUUUAUCAGUUUAAUACGGAAGCUAAAUGAUUGUAGCAGAACUUGGUUUUGAGUAAAUUUAUUUAGGAUCACACCUGGAGACUAAGCCAGUGUGCCUGACAAGCAAUACAUAGUAUGACAUGCUUCAGAUGCAUGCUAUGUCUCAUUAGAUUUACAUUCCUAAACGGAGUUACACCCUUCUAAUCCCACUGACUUUAGUGGACUUAGAAAGGUGUAACUGCAUAUGGACAGCACUAAGUGGGUCUAAUUGGAAGUAAAUUCAGUGUAUUUAGCUCAUGUCCAGGAAAGUUUUCUCAGGGCUGCAGCCUUAAAAGUACAAUUUUGUUCUGUUAUUCCAAUCCAAGCCCAAAUAGUUAUGCAAGUCUGCACAGAAUGGCAUUGAUAUCUAAUGAGUGAAACAUUUGUCUAAAAAUGUUCGGUAUGAGUUCUUCAGUGUUGUUUUUUUUUCACUUGUCCUUUUUAUUAUUAUUUUUGUAAGCUGUUACAAGAAGUCCUUUGAGUUGAUCAGCAUGAUAUUAAAUGACAGAAAUGAAUAAAUAAAGAAAAGUUGCAGGCAGGGAUGAUAAUUAUCCCAUUAUGAUAAAUGUGAAACCUGAAAUCUUUAACACUUGCUUGAAAUAACUUAAACUGAACUAAUAAACGACUUAUUUUUAAAAA